AUGAUGCAAGUUCCUUCUGGAAUGCAGCUCAUGCAGAUUCCAACUCAAGGUGGCGGCACUGUUACUGUCCCUUAUUCUAUGAAUGCUAACGGUGAGAUUGUGUUCAGUGGAAUGCAACUCAGCCAACAAGGCUUCAGUGGUGCUCAAGUGUGCCAAGGAUUUGAUGCAACUCAAGCUCAAACUCCGCAGGUUGUGAAGACUGGCUAUUACGAUAUGUCAAAUGUCUUCCACAAUGCUAUCAAGGGAAAGGAUGAGAAUGGCAAUGAUGUCUAUCUUAUUCCAUGUCCUGCUGGUACAACAAAUGUUGAACUUCAAGCCAACUGGCACUAUGCUAGUGAUAAUGAAGAUUUGCCUGAUCUUGCUACUGAAGCAGAUCGAGGUCUGCAGUUUAUCCAAAGCCGCAGAAAGGAAAGAGAUCCAUUUGGGUUGUACAAUCAUGUCAUCAUGGACAGUGGUUGCACAAACACCACCAUUUGUAAUGGUGAGCUCAUGCAUGGACUCCGUCAUGCUGAGAAAGAACUUGAUAUGCACACUAAUGUGGGCAGCAGAGUUCUUGACAAAGAAGGUUUUCUAGGAAGAUUUCCACCUCCAGUUUAUCACGAUGAAGAUGGAAUUGCCAAUGUACUUGCUAUGCGCGAGAUGAUUGCUGCGGGAUACCGCAUUACUAUGGAUACUGAUGCUGACAAUGCUUUUAUUGUGCAUUGUGAUGGAAACAGAAAGAUGCGAUUUGUGAAUUGUAAGGGUGUGUAUGUGUUGGAGCAACUUGGAGCGAAUGUCAAACCAGGUGCCAAAGAGACAAGUGUAAUGUACCGUCGCCAGUUAAGCAACUUAAAUAAUCAACCCCAUUUCGAACUUUCUUCAAACAAACAGAAUGGAUAUGCUGGACUCGAGAUGACCUCCAAGAUGGCAACCGUUUGA